AUGACGAUGAACUCGACCGACUUCGAUUAUACCGAGACAAAACCUCCGUUAUCAGCAAUGGGACAUGUUGUGGAGUCCAUCGGCGUCGAUACCGACACCACAGCUUCUGAGCUAUUCAUCUCUGUGCCUUUGAUUGGCUCCAAUUUCAGAUCGAUUCCCGAGUUUUCCAUGAAAACUGUAUCCGAUGCUGCGUUUGCGACGUACAAUUGCAGGAGAAGUGUUUUGAAAAGGACGGCCAACUGUACUGUAGAUGGCAAAUCUGUAUCUGCAGCCCCACUACUUCAAGACUGUAGUCCAUAUCGAUGCUCAGGAUGUAAGCUCGGGAUCUCUCCUACGGAUAUGGUUUACAAGUUGAAGGUGUGGUUUCAAAAUCGUCGCAGCAAGGAGCGUAGGUUGAAGCAUUUAUGCAAUUAUCUCCGGCAUUACGAGCAACGAGGCCUUCUACCUCCUCCCAUUCAAUUCACGACCGGCGAAGGUGGCAGCUCAUCAGAAGCAGCAUCAUUCAGUCAAUACUUGAACGGUAUAGAGGGCCAGUUCGAUGAGGAAGAUGAGGAAGACUAA